CGAAACCUUCCUAGUCAUUCUACUAGUCUCAGCCUGUGGCUUCGCCUGAUUUACUUAACUUUUUAAAAAAAUCUAUCAACUUUUCAUAUAUGUUCAUAAGCUAAAAUGUUUUGUGUUGGAAUUUUACCUCGUAGACUCUGCCUAGUGUACCGGCGCUUCAAGAUUCACAAGAUGUCUUAUUCUGAGGAGAAGAAACCUCCAGCUCUUUUCUUUUGGGGCGGGGGGCUUGAGAAGCUGCAAGGUGGUCUGAAGGAAGAGGAGUAUUUUACUUCGCUAACCCAAAACCUCAUGUUCAAGAUGGGAACCAAGAAGGACGACGCAGGACUGCCUAACUGGGAUGAGUUUCAGAAGACACUGGACAAUGCCUCCCUUUGCAGCUCGUCGUGCAUGAACAAACACAAGAAUGCACUUGAGGAAGCUUUUUUCCUAAAUGAGACCGCGGAUAACAUGAAAAUAUUACAUGAUCGUGUGCAAGAAGAGCCAGAAGGCGUCAAGACUAUCAAUAUAUUGGAUGAACUAAAAUCUGAUUCAAAUAAUUAAUUGUUCUGUUUAUAAGUUAACAUCGAUUGGUUCUCAGAAACGAAUUCAACGUAGUCAAAUUUUAAGUUAUUGGUUAAAAAAUUAAUUGGCAAAAUA